AUGAAGCCAAACUACCAAAAUUAUUACAACCAAGUAAGAAGGAUCUCACCUGAGCAUUACCCUAAAGAAAUUUGUGCAGGAGGGUAUAGGUUUAAAGUAACUCCAAAACCAGUUUCAACAAUUGAAAGAGCAUUUUUAAAGUCCCCAGCUUCUUUGGGAGAAAAUACUGAAGAAAUUACCCAUAUUUUGCCAGCAGGAUUCUCACCUAUGAAACCUCCUAGACCAAAUAAGAUCAAAAUUUUUAAAUAAAAAUGCAAUUAAGCCUCAGAAAGACCUUAAAAUAAGACUUGCAACUGAUGAGCCUCCUUCAAUGAUGGCUGGGGUACUUGAGCCUCAUGCUCCAAGAACCAUUGCUAAAAAGGUGCAUAAACCACUUAUAAACUUAGGAGAGAUGAAUCGUGAAACUGCAAAAAUGUAUUACGGCUAUAUGAAGAUAAAAUAAACACAAAAUUAAACACAAGAAGAGCAAGUCCAUUGAAAGUGGGUAUUCAUAUACCUUCCUUCGUAAGAAGCCUAAGAAGAAGAUCAACUACUUAUCUCCUUCCCAAGUCCUGCUAAAGAACCAAGACGCCAAUGUAGAUGAGAUCAUCCAUAUGACUAAGAUUACAGCAGAAAGGAUCAGGAAAAAUAAGAAGAAUAAUUUUGGUAUCCCCAAGAAUGUUAACUGGCAAAAAGUCUUCUCAAAUGGAAAUGAAAGUUAUGAAGGAAACGUCAUGAGACGAAACAAAAGCGAGCAAAGUCACAAAUUUGACAUGGACUUAUUCUUUAAUGACUUAAAAUGGCAAAAUCUUUCAAAAUAAGAGUAAAAAGAAUAUUCCAUUACCUACAUUUAACAAUUCCGGCCGAUCUCCUCAGAUAAUGGAAAGGGACCAGGUUAAUAAUCGUUUAUAAGCCAGCACAGAAAUUCUCCAGUAAAGAUGGUUUCAAGAAGCUAUCUCGAUCAAGAAGAUUCUCAGAUUCUUAAUAUCCAACAUGAAGAGCUCAGCUCAACAAUACGCAAAAAGGAUACCCCUUCACAUAAAACCCUGUCUCUGCAUGAAGAUUCAGACAGUGAAGAACAGACUAAGAAGAAGCUGCAGGAUAGGAUAAAGUUUCUUGAAAAUGAACUUCAGAAGGGAAGUCAUCAACUCCAGUACAAACUUCCUGAAAAAUUGAAGGAACAAAUUAAAGCAAAGGCUAAUCGAAAGCAACCACCGUAUAUGUCGAAAAAGGGAGCAGGGAGAUCAUUGAAACCUCCACUGAGUAAAUUCAAGAAACAGACCACUAAGUAUAACCAGAAGAGGACUUUGUACAUGAAUAAUAUGGAUAUCAGCGUUAGUUUUGACUGUGAUGCCCAAUAAGUCUUAAUUUUACACAUUGAUUUCAAGUUA